AUGGGUGACGACCUCGAGGCGCGAUUGAAGACGCACCAGCGGGCGUUCGAGGGCUUGAUGUCUUUGAUCCCUGCCAAGGACUACUAUGGCAAGGAUGAGAGCAUUACCAGCACAGAAUGGACCCGUGUGGGAAAGAAGCAGUCCAAAGCAGAGCGACAGGCCGCAAAGCGAGCGAAGCUGGAUCCAGCGAAUCACAAGAGCGCCCUCGACGUGUUGGAGGAAAAUGCACGGAAGCGGAAGCGGGAACUCGAGGCCGAGGCCGAUGGCAACGACUCUUCCGACUUAGACAUGGACAUUGAGAGGGAGAAGCCGGGUGAAGGCAUGAGGACACUAUCGGCCAAGGCAAAGAAGCAGAAGACCGCCAAAGACGACGCCGACCCGACGCCGAACCAGCAGACAAAGGACGAGGAAAAGAAGGCGGCCAAGGAAGCGCGAGUCAGGGCCAAGGCCGACAAGAAGCAGCAACAGCGUGAGAAGAAGAAGGAGAAACAGGCGCAGAAACAACACCACCAACAAUCAAGAAAGGCACAACAAGAAGAGUCCAGCAAAGCAUUGACCGACACAGGAGAGACGGCUGAUGAAGAUGAAGAGGCUUCAGGCUCGGCGGAUGAAGAAGAAGAGCAUGACGAUGACCAAAUACAAGCUAUGGAUGUGAGUGGGCUGGUCGAGGAAGAACAGUCUACCGCUACGCCGUCUGCCGCAGACUCCACUGCCUCCACAGCGUCCGUGGCCUCCAACGUCUCGUCUUCAUCCUCCAUGCCACCACCCUCCGACAUUCCACAAAAGAAGGAAAAGAAAUCGCUUGUACCUAACCAACAAAAGCACGAAGAAUUCCGGGCCCGGCUUCAGGCACGGCUCGAAGAAAUGCGCGCCAAGAGGAAAGCCGACGGUCCCGACGGAAGACCGGCAAAGAACCGCGCUGAGCUGAUCGAGGCUCGGCGGAAGAAGGAAGCAGAGCGCAAACAAGCAAAGAAAGCCCAGCGCCAACUUGCGCAGGAGGACGAAGAGCGUCUGAAGGCAGAGGAGCAACUUGCGCGGAUACGUGGUGGAUCUGGUUCCCCCUCUAUCUUUUCACAUCGGUCGUCGCCCGACCGAGAACGAAAUCUGAGUUUUGGUCGGGUAGCGUGGAGUGAUGGGAAACAGCUUGAGGGUGACCUCUCUGGGUUCCGGGAGUCGAAGAAACAGAAAGGCAGGUCUGAUGCCAAGACCGCUCUUGAGGCCGCCAAGAACAAGCAGGCACGUCUCAAUGCGCUUGACGAGGAGAAGCGCAAAGACAUUCAAGAAAAGGAUCUGUGGCUCAACGCCAAGCGACGAGCUCAAGGCGAACGGGUACAUGACGACCCUAAGCUAUUGAAGAAGAGCGUUAAGCGCCUGGACCAGGCUAAAGCCAAAAGCUCACGAGAAUGGGGUGACCGUAAGGAGGCCGUGGAGAAGGGCAAGGAGACCAGGCAGAAGAAGCGCGAGGAGAAUUUGCGGAAGCGGAGAGAUGAGAAGGGUAUGAAAGGUAAGAAGAAGGUUGGAAAGCCAGGGAAAAAGGUGAAGAAGCGGGCCGGGUUUGAGGGCACGUUCAGAGCGAAAUAA